AUGACGAUUCUCAUUACAGGUUCCAAUGGCAAGACUGCUUCGCAUCUAAGCCGGAUGCUGCAUUCAUCGACCUCAGACCAGGCUAACAAGCAGAUAUAUCCUAUUCUGGUUGCUUCCCGGAGGCCUAAAGACGACUCUCCAUAUCCAACUGUGCGCUUUGAUUGGACCGAUCAGUUGACCUUCGAACUGCCAUUCGCUCACGCUCAAGCAAAAGCCUCGCCGAUUACAGCGGCCUACCUCGUAGGGCUUGAUGUCAUGAACGUUAGCCAACUCGUCCUACGCUUCGUAGACUUUGCACGCAGGAGAGGCGUCAAGCGUUUCGUGCUAGUCAGUGCUUGGGAGAUAUCAGCUGGCGGGCCGUUGAAUGGCCGCACGCAUGAGGAGCUCAAGAUACUGGGACAGCGCAACGAAAUCGAGUGGACUGUGUUGCGUCCACACUUUUUCAUGGAAAACUUCAUCGAAUCGUACAGCCUCAAAACGAUCCGAGAAGAAGGCAAAAUCUAUUCCGCGGCAGAAGAUGGCCGCUUGCCAUUCAUUUCGGCAAGAGACAUUGCUGCAACGGGGUACCGGGCUCUGAUAGAUGAGCAGCCGCACAACACAGAUCACAUCAUUACAGGUGGAGAGUCUCUCAGCUACGACGAGGUUGCCGAGAUUCUCAGUGAAGUGCUUGGUAAAGUUAUAGAACAUGUGAAGCUUUCUCAUAGCGAUUUCAGACAACUCUUGGCGGCGAAUGGGGUAUCAAAGGAAAUGGCAGAAUAUCUUGCCGAUCUGGAUGUGGCAGUCGCAAAUGGGCAUGGAGCAGAGCCAACUAAUGUGGUGCAGAGGGUUACGGGCAAUAUGCCUCGUACGUUUCGCGAUUUUGCGAUGGAUAACAAGAGUCUAUGGUUGUAG